AUGGCGUCGUGGUACUCGGUGACAGACUUCCUCGACGACGCAACAAAACUCCCGUCCAAGGUGCUCCUCGACAUCCCCAACGCAGGACACCUCGAAGGCGGCACAGACAAGGACUUGCGGGCAGGGACCUCGCUCGAGCUCCCCUUCUGGCUCGCGAGCAAGCUAUCAGAGCAAGACACCAUCGACCUCACCCUCCCUCGAGCGUACUCGCCCAUGGUCCGCAACGCCUUGUCUGCUUCGCCCGAGUCUGUGCACUUGCGGAAUCUAGGAGGGGGCGGUGGCGCGUUCUAUGCCGGCGGAAUGCGCUUGCUGAGCCUCAUCGAAGACCCGACCCUCUCCACCAUCCUCGACCACUCCUUCAAGACUCGUCUGGUCCAGAUCAUGGACCAGAGCCAGCAUUCGCUCGCGGAUCACGGUGGAGAGGGCGCGGCGUACGAGUUUGCACAGGGGCUGGACUUGUGGGAGAAGGAGUUGUUCACAGUCGGCGAGACCUCUGCAAAGCAAAUGAAGACCUGGUUCGACACCAAGGCGAAGAAGCGGUAG